GAAUCCUUUUGUUGCAGAGAUAGAUACAUGGUCAUGGUGAUGAAUAAUACAAGUGCUUUUGUUUUGUUUGUUCUGCUCUGCGCUGCCUUGAUAUCCACUGCUAGAUUACACCCUGCAGGUGCUGAAGUUAGUACUGAUACUUGCUCUUCAUCAAAGAUAGGUGCUGCAACUGCUUCUACCACCAAAAGCCAGCCUACAAAAAUAUUUGAUGAUGAAAAGAGCUCAAAGAAAGUGAUCAUCAGUGUGGAGGCACAGGUUGUAAGAAACAAAGGCAAGAUUGUGAAGCAGCCGCCGCCGCCGCCGCCGCCGUUGUCAGUGUCACAUUACAACGAAAAACGGAAGAGAAGAUUAAGAAGGCGGUGGUCAGAUGAGGUUGAUAUGGGUUUUGUGGCUUUUAGUGCAGAUUAUCGCGGCCCAAGGCACCAUCCUCCUAAGAACAACUAAUGAUAUAUUCGACAUCCUCAAAUUCUAUGUUUUGGGUCAUCUGUUCAAUCAAACAUAUAUAGUCAAAUAUAUAUAUAUAUAUAUAGAAAGAGCAUGUGGGAUUUUGUUUUACUCUCCCUUUGGUUCUUAUUAGUUUUUCACCUUUAUAUAUGCUUUC